CUCCGCCUGGGUGGCCGCGGGAGCCCCUGGGCUCCGAGCAGCCGGCGCCCCACGCCCGGGGGCAGGAGCUCCCCAGGUGCCACUGAGCGGCCAUGGAGGAGUCCACGCGGCUGGGUUACUGCAUCGUGGCAGGCAGCUUCGUGGCCUUCCAGUUCUUCUUCUCGGCUGUCAGCCCCCAGCUCUCGCUGGCGCUCAGUCGCCACUACAGCAGCCUGACCGCUGUCAAAAAGUGCGAGUGGAACUCCAGGUGUGUCUCCACUCUCCACGCGCUCAUCGUCGGCCUCUUCUGCCUCUACAUCCUCUUCUUCGAUGGAGCCAUUAACGCCAACCCCAUCUGGGGGGACCCUGACCUGGUGAAACUCAACGUGGCCAUCUCCUGCGGGUACCUGCUCUACGAUUUGCUGCUUCUCCUGCGCUACUGGAAGACGCUGGGCGACUCCCUGUUCGUUUGCCACCACUUGGUGGCGCUGUACGCCUACGGCUACGUGCUGAGUCGAGGGGUGCUGCCCUAUUUCGCCAACUUCCGCCUCCUGUCCGAGCUCUCCACCCCAUUUGUCAACCUGCGGUGGUUCUUUGACACCGUGGGGCAGCCCCGCUCCUCCUGGUUCGUCCUAGCCAAUGGCCUGGCCAUGACCGUGGUCUUCUUCCUGGUGCGCAUCGCUGUCAUCCCCAGCUACUACGCCCGCAUGCUGGCCUGGUACGGCACACCCGAGUACGCCCGCCUGGGGCUCGCCGUGCAGGUGGCCUGGAUCGUGCCCAGCCUGGCCCUGGAGGUCCUCAACCUGGUCUGGAUGUACAAGAUUAUCCGGGGCUUCUACCGGGCCUUCUGCCGGCCCCGAGAGCAUAAGCUGGCCUGCGGCCAUGGCGACUAAGUGGGAGCUGGACUUCCCCAGGGGGCACGGCCGGGGCGCCCCAAAGCUCCUGGCAGAGAUGGACGAUCCACUCCAAUUCCCAUCAGAGCCCAGAGCAACAGGAAUACCUGGCUUGGCACGUGCUGCCAGGCACCCGGACUGCCCCCCCACUGAGUGCCAGCCACGUGCGGGCACCUAGGAAACUCAUGGACAUCACAGACUGGCAUAUGCCCCAGGCACCCAGGAAAUCCAUGGGGCACCGGGACUGGCACUGAACACGGGACGUCUGGACUGGCCCACGCCCCUGGCUGGGAGCCCGGUGGGGCCCAUCUGUGGGGCUGGCAGUGCCCCUCGCAGGGGACUAAGGCUGUCCAACCCCCAGCUAGGGGUGUCUUUGGUGGGGGCCUGCGUGUCCAUGCAUAAGGGGCGCAGAGGCUCCAGCCAGGUGCGGGGUCCCACGGGGCAGGGGCAGAGCGGGGAGCCAUGGUAGGGCCACGUUACUGCUUCAUGAACAGCUUCCCCGCACCCCCUCCCACUCCUGCAAAAAGUGGGAGGAACCCCACACUACUGGGCUGGAGAGUUGGGGGGGCAGGGCCCAUCUGCACUGAACCCCCAAGGGCCAAGGGUUCUACAUAGCUUUUGAGGACACCCCUGUGCCCCAGGAUCCUGCAGUCUGACCCUGGCCCCUCCCUCCCAGACGCUUCCUGGCCCAUAGCACCCCCCCAUCCAUAAAGCUCUGGCCCCUGCCCGACCAGACGGGGCAGCGUUCUUGGGGCUGAUCCUGCUGUGGCUGGAGGAGCUGGGAGGGCACACAGGUCCCAGCAGGGGUGUCUCUACCACAGGUCAGCCCCCAGCUAAACCUACCGCUGGGGCCCCAGAAAACGGGGUUCUAGUCCCUGCCUCUGUGCCUCAGUUUCCCUGUCUGUCAAAGGGGGACAAUGCCUCUUCAUCCGUGCCUUCUCUCUUCAGAGUGGGAGCUUUUCGGGCCAAGCCUGUCCCUCACUCUGUAUCUGUGCAGUGCCCGGCACGGCCGGGGCCCCCAAUCUCAACCAGGGCAGCUCCCAGCACGGCCGGGGGCCCCCGAUCUUGGCCAGGCCCGGACAGCGCCCCUUGAUCUCCCUCUAGGCAUUUCCACACGCCCAGUGACACUCUGAAGUAGCCUCGUGCGGCAGGUCUCACUCCGGUCGGCGCCGAGAUCAGGGGUUUUGGACAAUUUCCAGUGGAGAAUCUCAAACUACUUCUCGAUCCUUUGUUUCAUGACUGACAUUUCUGCCCUAGUGAGGAAUUAACCCUCCCCCCUUGAUACUAAUUUAUUAACCCCAAACCCCCCCCCCACUGGCUCACCCCGAAACCAGGCUGGACUCUGACCUCUCCGGCCACGUUUGUCUCCAGUGUCUGUCUGUCAGGGGAGGGGCGGGACCCACAGUGGGGGUGUCGGCUGUUCCCAGCUUUGCCACUGGCCGGCUGGGUGACUCUGCAUAAGUCACUGCCUAUUCUGUGCCUCAGUUUCCCCCUCACCCUUUGUUUAGAUUGUGAGCUUGUUGGGGCAGGUACUGUAUUUCAUUCUGAGUGUGGGCAGCCCCUGGCACAAUGGAGGGCCCCCGAUCUCUCAGCUGGGGUCUGGGGAGCCCCUGGCACAAUGGGAGCACCCCAAUAUCUCAGCUGGAGUCUGGGUAACCACUGACACAGAGGGAGCACCCUGAUAUCUCAGCCAGGAUCUGGGUAGCCCCUGGCACAAUGGGGGCCCCCCGAUAUCUCAACUGGGGUCUGGGUAGCACCUGGCACAGUGGGAGCACCCUGAUAGCUCAGCCGGGAUAUGGGUAGCCCCUGGUACAAUGGGGGCCCCUGAUAUCUCAGCUGGGGUCUGGAUAGCCCCUGGCACAGUGGGAGCACCCCAAUAUCUCAGCCAGGAUCUGGGUAGCCCCUGGCACAGUGGGGGCCCCGAUAUCUCAGCUGGGGUCUGGAUAGCCCCUGGCACAGUGGGAGCACCCCGAUAGCUCAGCCAGGAUCUGGGCUGCCUCCAGCACAAGGGGGCCCCAAUCUUGGUUGUGGUCUCUAAGGACAGUAGGACCAGUCAGUAAUACACCAAAUUGCACCAGCUGACAAUCUGGGCGUGAAGUUACACCAGAAUCUUCCCCACCUGCGACUCCUCCAGGCCUGGCUGUCGAUUGCCCCUGAGUAACAGCGGGUGCCCUGGGCUGCUGGGUGCAGGGCUGGCCUGGAGCAUUUACCCUGGCACACGUACGUCCCCUUGGGCUGGUCUGCACCAGAGCCUAGCCCUGAACUCAAACCCGCCUCCCCGGGCCCGAUGCUGGGGGAUUCUCCGGCCAGUUCGCUGGAGGUCGAGGGGGGCGACCGUGCUGCCCAGUGCCAGCUCAAACCUGGCAUUUCGUACCCCCCACCCCAAACACCUGCAUCCCCGUCGGCCCGCGCCCUGCAGAGCAGCUCCCAGGCUCCCGCUGCCACACACCCCCUGGGGGCCCCGCAGGAGAAAGGGGGAGGGGCAGUUGGAGGGACGUGGCACGAAUUGUGGGGACUCAGGUUUGCCAUCGUGGCGAGGUCAUUCUCCCGCCUCGUGGCACUGUUCUCACGAGGGGCAGGUCCCCCAUCUGAGGCCUGUCUCUCAUCCUCCCCUCCCCCGGCCUGUGAUCACUAAACGGGGCAGGGGCCUUGGAAGUGACAAUAAACAGGAUUUCGUUUAUGAA